AGGAACCCAAAAUGGCAAAGUCAAUAAUAGCCAUUGACCCGUGAAUGUACUCAGAUUCAGUUUUAGCAGGGCAGUGCUCGAGUGCGUCUCAUUGACCCAUCAUCACCGUUCCUCACUUGUUCAAAACUUCAAGAGGAUAAGAUUGAAGGGUUCCUGGGGACAGCAUAACUGUUGGAGAGAUGGAUCACAUAACCAAUGUUUCUGAGUAUGAAGCAAUUGCAAAGAAGAAUUUGCCGAAGAUGGUUUACGACUACUAUGCAUCCGGUGCAGAGGACCAGUGGACUCUUAAGGAGAAUCUACUUGCCUUUUCCAGGAUUUUGUUUCGACCUCGAAUUCUUAUUGAUGUAAGCACAAUAGACUUGAGCACAACUAUUUUGGGCUUCAAAGUUUCAAUGCCCAUCAUGAUUGCUCCUACAGGCAUGCAGAAGAUGGCUCACCCUGAAGGAGAGUGCGCAACUGCGAGAGCAGCAUCUGCAGCUGGCACAAUUAUGACACUGUCCACUAUGGCUAAUUCCAGCAUUGAAGAAGUUGCCUCAACAGGACCUGGUAUUCGCUUGUUCCAACUCUAUGUGUUGAAAGACAGGAAUCUGGUUACACAGCUUGUCAGAAGGGCUGAGAGGGCUGGUUACAACGCAAUAGCCCUCACUGCUGACACUCCAAAGCUCGGGCGCAGGGAGGCUGAUAUCAAGAACAGGUUUACUAUGUCACCAAGUUUGACAUUGAAAAACUUUGAAAAUUUGGAUAUUGGAAAGAUUGAUGAGACCAAUGGUUCUGGAUUAGCAUCAUAUGUUGCUGGACUAUUUGACCGCUCUCUCAGCUGGAAGGAUGUGAAAUGGCUUCAGACUAUCACUACAUUACCAAUUCUGAUAAAGGGUGUAAUAACUGCCGAGGAUACAAGGUUAUGCAUACAAGCUGGAGCUGCAGGAAUAAUUGUAUCCAAUCAUGGAGCUCGGCAACUAGAUUAUGUCCCUGCAACUAUUAUGGCUUUGGAAGAGGUCGUCAAAGCUGCAGAGGGUCAAAUUCCUGUUUUUCUGGAUGGUGGAGUGAGGCGAGGAACAGAUGUUUUUAAAGCUUUGGCUCUUGGAGCAUCGGGUGUAUUUAUUGGUAGACCAGUGGUGUUCUCAUUAGCUGCUGCCGGUGAGGCUGGUGUAAGGAAAGUACUUCAAAUGCUCCGUGAUGAACUUGAGCUAACAAUGGCAUUAAGUGGUUGCUGCUCGCUAAAGGAGAUAAGGCGUGACCACAUUGUGGCAGAAUGGGACGCUCCUCAUAUUGCUCCCAGAUUGUAGAAUGGUGUGCUGCAACCCUUGUACCAAAUGAAUCUUUUUUAUUAUAGAUUUUGGGCAUGAGAUUUAUAGUGUCUUACUCCAAUAAGUUCCGCAUGUGGACACUUCAUACCUACUCAUGUGGACACUCCUCUGCCCUCAAAUACACAUAAAGACUUUUCUUUGCCGAUUCCUCUCUAUGAAAGUGGUUUUUUCCGAUUA